CCUUCUGCUAUCUAGGCUUCCGAACCGCGAGUGCAAAAAUCGUGUUUUUCUUUAUUUUCCCAGCUUUUUCAUCUCAAAAGUGGUACCAUUCGCUCGGUGCUUUACCCCUCCCAAACGUGGUGGUUUCAGUUUUCAGAAACACUUGAUAUCCAUUUCGAAAAAAUGAAAUCAUCCAAAGGCUCUUGACAAGCUACGCUGCGAACACCGUUUCAUAGGGAAUCCCCCGUUUCCGAGAUUUGGCCGUACAACACAACAACAAUAAUGGAAGCAAUAAUUCAAGAUCUCAACAUUCCAAAACGGCAGAUUCGGGAAACCCGCUGCCCCAGUCGGUUCCAGCUGCUUGCUCACAAAUCUUGGCUGAAAUUAAUUUCCCAAAGCGGAAAAGUAUCCAGCGAUUUCCCUCUGUACAGCACCGAAGCAUUCGAGUGGCCCCGUGGUGGUCCCAGCAGUGCCUGGUCAAGGGUUUACGUCAGCGUCUACAAGAAGCACCCAAGCAAGGUGAUUCCACUUCCGCGCAACAAGCUGCUGGCCAAUCUCAACAACGGAGACGCGCAUCCUUCGGAAAACGAAGACCCGCUGCACUACUCGCAACUGCUGCAGUACGUCUCUCAAACUAACCACAAGAAUCUAUGGAAAACUGCCUACCGCAAGUAUGCCGCUUCUCGUCCAGAACAACAUCAACAACCGCCACAACCGGUAGGGACCGCAAGCAAUGCCCAUCAGCAAUUGACUAGCAUCGGUAGUUUCGACAAUGGCAAUAGUUCCACUAUCAGCAACAACAACAACAAUAGUACAAAGAAACAACAGCAGGAGAACAUCAACAUAUCAGCGGCACUGUUCCCAUAUGAUUUCGUGCUCCGUGAAACGCUGACCCGAACCUACGGUUGCCGGGUUGUACGGAUGGACGUCUGCGGAGAAGAGGGUGGAGUCGUCACGGAACCUGCUAGCUCACUAAUGCAACCGCAUGCCAAUCUUUACCCGGUCCUGGGAGCAGUCGAGACCAAUUUGAAUCUGUAUUUAAUUUUUGAUCCGUAUAUUGAGAACAAUCUGCUGGAUUGCGUUACCUACAGUUCAGCCAUCCUGGAGAAAUCUCAUAACAAACCACUAUUCCUGGUCUACCAACUGUUGAAUCUGAUGAAGUCGUUUCAUGAUCGUGGGCUAAACAUGGGCAACAUCGGGCUAGGUGAUAUCUGUCUGACGGAAAAUUUAUGGCUGAGAGUGAUUCCCAAUCUGGAGGCAAAUCUGUUGGAGUUUGACGACGAGAUUCAACGGCAACUGGAGGAACUGAGUUCAAAUCGGUUGACUUUGAGUAGAGAUUCCAAAGUCAGGCUUCUCAAGGGAUUGGAUCUGAAAUACUCACUGAAGGACUACUGCGAAAUGUGGUGUCACGGGCAGUUGUCUAACUUUGACUACCUCACGAUUUUGAACAAUCUGGCUGGGAGGAAGAUCGGAUGCCCGGAGCACCACCAUAUCAUGCCAUGGGUUACAGAUUUCUCUACCAGGAACGGUCAAAUUUGGAGGGAUUUGAAAAAGUCUAAAUACCGACUGAACAAAGGCGAUGCCCAGCUGGAUUUAACGUUUCAUGCGGCGAUCGGAACGGACGGAACCGUUCCGCAUCAUGUUUCGGAUGUCCUAUCGGAAAUCACAUAUUAUGUUUACAUGGCUCGAAGAACGCCCAAGUCUGUCCUAUGCAAGUACGUUCGUCCGAUUUGGGUUCCAGCGGAGUAUCCCAUUUCGAUUCAACGCCUGCACGAGUGGACACCAGACGAAUGUAUUCCGGAGUUCUUCACCGACCCGGCAGUAUUUAAAAGUAUUCACGAAGAUCUACCGGAUCUGGAGGUUCCGAUUUGGGCUACCUGUCCAGAAGAUUUCAUCGUAAAACAUCGAGAAGCACUGGAGAGUCAGUACGUUUCGGAGAAGCUGCACCAUUGGAUUGAUCUCACCUUUGGCUACAAGCUGACCGGUUCAUCAGCGGUUAAGUCGAAGAACGUUUGCCUUUCGUUGGUGGACAAACAUCAAAAUCUCUGUCAACGGGGAGUUGUUCAGCUGUUUACCAAUCCGCAUCCAGCCCGUCAGUUUACAACCAUCUGGAAUGGGAAGGCUCCUCCAAGGUUGUCAACGCUCCAAGAAUCUCGUCAACGGUUGACUCGCAGCUCGGAAGAUCUGUCUCGUCAGGGUUCCAGUUCUGGUUACUCCGGAUCAGAGUCCGGAUUCUAUCCGGAAUACUCCUCGUCGCCACAGAGUCGCUACUCUUCGCAGAUUCUCCGCACUGCCGGAAAGUCCGAGUCCAUGGAGCGAUCGACAAGCUAUCACAUCAAUGUUCAAGCGAAGGCUCCGUCGAUACUGGUUCUACCUAAGAACUACAAUCCCGUAGCACAGUUGAAUGCCGUAGAAAACUUGGGGGUUUUCGUCUUCAAGACCUUCCAAUCGUCACUAGCUUCAGCUGAAUCGGAGAAGGAUUCUGCAAAGAACAAACUACUGGAUGACGACUUUGAACUUUGGAAUGUGAGCACCACCAGUAGCUACGAUCGAGAGUUGGGUUAUGAAAGUAACUCUUUUACGAAUCGAUUGUUUUCCGAAGCCUACGAGGCUUCCCUGCUGAAAGAUAGGAAAAUGUUCCAGAAUUUAAGAUCUCAGAGUCAACAGCACCAAACAACGUCAAAACAUACAUUCAAACAAAUUCUGCUGGACGUCCGGACCAAAGAUCUGAAGGUACUGGGAUGUCUGAUUGUGGAGCUUUUCCUAGCAGCAAAGCUACGCCCACUAGGAAGCUGCCUGCAGCAGGAUUUCGACAGCAGAUUGGAGUCAUGUGUGAUGCUCGUGAAAAAGGAUUUGAAAUUACUACCGGUGUGUAUUCAAUAUGCAGUAAAGCUGCUUCUCGGAAUUGAUCCCCCGGAAUCAGACACUACAGUGACGGAGAAAGGCCUUCCACAUCCGUCGCCUCACCAAUUCUUGCAACCACUGCUUGCCGGUCUCCUCAUUCCGUUCCCUCCGCAAUAUCUGCGAAUUUACCAAACCAUCAAAGCUCUGAAUCACUUUGACGAAUCCACUUACCUGCUAGAUCUGCACACAUUCUUCGACUGCGAUGGAAAAAAUUGCUCCCGUUACGUGAAUCUCGACAAACUUCGAAUAGAUUUCCGCCGCCGAAUAGCUGAAUGUAAAAUCAACAGCUGUGUUGCCCUAACGGAGGGACUGCUAGAACCUUGCGGCACCGAACAAUACUCCACCGUAGAACUACUUCUACCGCACUUUAUCGAACUGAUCAAGGCCGACGACACCUCGAUCUUGGCCGCAUGGAACCUCUUCGAUUCGAUAUCGACCGCCUUGGGAAUCAAAGGAACUCAGCGGCACCUCUUGCAUCCGAUUCUUCUACUAUACGAAUCGGAUGACAAUGAGACUCGAAUCUCCCAGCAGCAGAACCCUCCAGCUAAUGUGGAUCAAGGAACGCUAAAAUUUACCCGCAACACUUCAUUCAAGUCUCGGAAAUCUGUCAAACUUUACCAUCACAGUUUCCUGCUGAAACUGAUCGUACGUUUCGGCUUGCGGUGCUUCUUGGAAAACUUCAUAGCUCCCCUGGUGGAAGCUGUUGGAGGCUACAAAGAUGCGGAUUUCAACCAACCCUAUCAUUUCCACGAAAACCUACCGUUUGGGGAAUUCCGCAGAUCCCGCUCUUGCCGAAACUUCAAGCUGAAAAGCGAUAGCAGCAUUGAUCCGACCUCAGGCAAUGGAAAUGCAAGCCAAGGACAUGAAUCACUGUCCAUUUCCAACACUCUCGUUUCCCCGGAUGCCUCUGACAAGACGAUCUCGCCAACAAUUGCUCAGAAUCUACCACUGGACGACGGGUCAAUCGAUGAGGACAACGAGGAAAUGUUCAGUUUCGAUGAAGAUCCUCCACCGGAUCGGGAAAAAAAGUACACGACCAUUAUCAAUGUCGGCGGUGAUGAGUUGAGUGACACGGAAAUGGAGACGGCCAUGAAGAAAAUUAUCGAAGAUUUCGAUAUGAAAGCUGACGCUUGUAGCUUUGAUCUACCGCUGAAUCACUCGCAAGCUGAUGAAGCGAUCGAAGAUGCUCUGGAGGAUGAGUUUGUUCUAUCACACCAGGCCAUGUCGGCCAGUAUGGAGCAGCUCAAUUUGACCAUAGCCGUCACCGAGGAACCUGAAGGGGGCAUUGAAGAUCCAAAGUCACCAACCAUUCCGAUUCCUUCGUCCUUCCGGAGGAGCAUCGAGUUGAACUCAAUAGGAUGCGAAAUUGGAAGCAAGAAAAGUGUAGACUCCAUGGAAUUCCUGUGCAAAACUCCACGGGAAGAUAAGAUUGAUGGUUCAACGAAGAACGCUGGUUCUACUAGCCAAAAUGUUCAGAAAACUCCUGAAUCAGCCAAAACUAGAUCAACCCGGAUAUCAGAGAUGAGUUCGGAGAGUUUGAUUUGGUUGUCUCAUCGCCUUGGUCCAGUUCUGACCGCACGCUACCUCACCCGCAAUCUGCUGAAAAUGCUCACGCUGUGCUACGUUGGUUCGGAAAACCUUGUUCCGAGCGAUUCCCAUUCCCGAAGUCAAUCCACGAGCAUCAGCCUUAACUAUUUCACGAUCGCUGAUGGCUGUGUAGCUGGCGAUGAAGCUGCUCAACGCGUCAUCGAGUGUCUAACCUCAAUUUCGGCUCUCUUCGGUGAUCAAUUUAUCCUGCUACAAUACUUCCCUCACGCCAGCGAACUGAUUGCUCUCUGCCGCAAGAAAACCACGCCAACACUAGAAGGGGGCCUGAUCAGCUCUCUCCAACUAGUCAAAUGUCUGAUUCCUUACCUGAACGACACCACCGUCAUGGAUCAACUGCAAGACUUUCUUCUCCGUUCGAUCAUUCAUCCGAUCAUCCGACUGCUGGAAUCCACCAAGUUCGUCAUGCCCAGCGGUUUCCUAGCUCGGUCGGUCUUAGCCCGGAAACUCAUCGACACGCUUUACGUGAUAUCGAUUCGCAUCGGACGCGAAAUGACCCGGGAGCACAUUUGCGUUCCAGCUCUCCAACGAUUCUUCCUGAUCUUUGACAAAGCGUACGGCCGCAGCGAACACCUAAGUGAUCUCAAGUCCCGCGUUGAAUCCAGUCCAUGUAGUUCUGGUACCGAAGACUCCCACAUCAUCGAGUUCCGUCGCGAUGGUGGAACGCGUGAACUCUCCGUUAGUGGUCAGGAAAUCCGCCCAGCACGUAUUAAAGGUCAAGAGCCUCUUGAUAGCUACACCCCACCGAGUGCUCUCAAUCUUGAAUUCCAACCCAACUAUGGAUCCCAACCACCCAUCCAAGGCUGUGUUCGAUCGAAGGCGAUCGAAGAGAUUAGAGAUGUCUUCACGCCAAAUCUUGCCUACUGUGCUUUCCUUCCCUUCCUCAACUACCUCGGUCAGUAUGAGAUGUCUCAGACACUGAAAAACAUGGCCCUGAUUUUGAACCUCUGCCACGAUCAUGAGCAACCGGACUACUCGCGGGAAGAUCACGUUCGGUUUAAAACUGAAGCCGAUCGGGAUGAGGAGGAAGCUCAACUCGACUCACUCAACUGUUCGAAUACGUUUGGAUCGAACAUCAUCGGUAAUCGGAUUGAGGUACGAAAUGAUUCCAACAAAAUUGAGUUGGAACAGAAGGAGCUCCUCGGGAUGGUGACAUACCGCCUGGAGCAGGUAAACAGUGCUAGGAAUCUACGAGGUAAUUGGCUGGCGUACUGGGAACAUGAGAUUGGCCGUUCGGAUAAGGACAGCCGGUUUAACUUGAAGCAAAUCAAGUUGCAGACCUACAGCGGACAUACGAGCUCAAUUAAAGCAGUGCUGGCGCUCGACAAUGAGAAUAGCUUCAUUUCGGCAGCGAAGGACAAAACCGUCAAACUGUGGUCGCUGAGAAGCGAAGGAGACGGUAGCAAGAUUUCGUCCUGUCAGUUCACCUAUACCAACCAUCGGAAGUCGGUGCAUUCUUUGGCGUUCCUGGAAUCAAUGAGAUUGACCAUUUCCUGCGACUCCGGAGUCCACCUGUGGGACCCAUUCGUGGGAGCCCAGAUCGGUCAGCUCGAUGUCCCCAAAUAUACUCCCGUCUCGGUGGUGAAAACUUUCCCAUCCCCUAGCUGUCUAGUUCUGGCCGGAACAGCUGACAGCUGCGUCCGGAUGAUCGAUGCCCGUACCUUCAGCUACUGUCACGAAUGGCGUGUAUCCAACGCACCUGUCGGCUCGGUACGAACCAUUGCCGUUUCUCCUUCUGGAGCGUGGAUCGCUGUGGGGCUCAGCUCCGGUCAUGUAACCGUCCUCGACGGACGAACCGGAUUCAUCAUUUCCUCCUGGCGAGCGAAUGAUAGCGAUCUUCUGCAGCUGCUGGCACCGAACGAAAAUCAACUGGUCAGCACCAGCCUGGAUUACUCCGUCAGCGUGUGGAAUCCCAACACUGGAAAUUUACAGUUCAAUUUGAAAAACCGUCCGGAACCGGUCCACUGUUUGAUCAACAACGGCUCGGAGCUGAUCGUCGGAACGCCUACCAAUCGCAUCGGCGUCUACGGUUCCAUCAGUACGGAUACGACCAAUACGUACACGAAGCUUCGCUCGGACACGUUCAAGGGGGUACUGACCAGUUUUGCGCUGCUUCCGCUGAACCGAAUUCUGCUGGUCGGUGGUGAUAAUGGCAAUAUUAGUUUGCUUUGCUAGAAAGAGAUUUUACCAUGUAGAGAAGUUGGGGCGAUAUUUGUUGAAAUUUGUGUGAUUAUGCAUUCCUUUCCAUAAAAUUAGAGAUAAAAAAUAAGCUAAGCACUGCUGGAGAAAUCUGAAAGCAUUCCAACGUUUGCAUGCAAACAAAAGUACGGGACUUAUGCAAUUAUUGUUUGAUGUUUUUGGUGAAGAAAGUGUGAGUUAUCAUUAUUAAAUACUUAUUACUAUUUGAAUCUCAUACACAAAAAGUGUGGUUAUGAGCAUUGAUAUUGUGAAGUAAAGCAUACCAAAACAAUUAAUAAAGAUAGGCGUGAUUGAUUAGAAA